AUGGUAGAAUGGGCGCAAAAUUUGGCGCGUUCUCAAGGUUACCUUCUUGUAACCAAAAGAUCUAAAAAAGUUAAUGGUUACCUUUGUAAAGUUGUACUUAUGUGUGAUCGGGGUGGCGUGUGUAAAAAUAGUGGUGAUAAAGAUACCAAAAGCAAAAAAAUUGAUUGCAAAUUUGAAUUGGUGGGAAGGUAUUAUAAGGUCAAUGAUCUUUGGGUGUUGAAGGUGAAAUGUGAUGAACAUAAUCAUGAACCUUUAUUGUUUCCGGAGGGUCAUCCAUAUGCAAGGAGGUUGACACAUCGUGAAACUUGUUUAGUUGCGACCAUGACAAGUCAAAAUCUGAAAGCACGCGAUAUUCUUGCAACACUAAAGGUGUUGGAUGAGAAUAACGUGUCUACAAACAGAACCAUCUAUAAUGCCCAAGAAAAACUACGGUUAAUUGGGCAUGAAGAUAUGGCUGCUUUUCCAGAUGUUUUAUUGAUCGAUGCUACAUACAACACGAACAAGUUUGAUAUGCCUCUUCUUGAGAUUGUUGGUGUUACUUCUACCAGCAAGACAUUCUCCAUAGCAUUUGUCUUGUUGGAUAGAGAAAGGACAUCAAAUUUUAUCUGGGCAUUACAUUGUCUUAAAAUGUGCAUUGGCUUAUCUUAUACUCCUCGUGUUAUCAUCACUGAUAGAGACUUGGGUCUCAUGAAUGCAUGUGACAAAAUAUUUUCAAAUGCUAACAAGUUACUUUGUAGAUGGCAUAUCAGUGAAAAUAUCACGAAGCAUUGCAGACAAAGUUUUACGUCUCACUCUGAAUUUGAUUCUUUUAAGUACUCAUGGGACAAAUUUGUGAAAGCUCCAACGAAAGAGAAGUACCAGAAGCAUUAUUCAGAUCUUCAAGUUAAAUUGAUCUCUCAUCCACGUGUUUUGAGAUAUUUGCAUGAUACAUGGCUGAACAAAUAUGAAGACAAGUUUGAGUCUAUCAAGACAGACAAAUAUCUUAGUUUUGGAAAUUCAACAACAAGCAGAGUUGAGGGUCAACAUUCCAAAAGGAAGCUUGAUCUUGAGCCAAGUAUAAUUGUUGAAGAUAUUGAUCAUGCUUUUUGGAGAAAGCCUGUUAUUGAUCUGUCCACCGUUGGUGAACCCGAAUAUCACAAAGAUAACCGAGGACGUCCAAGGUUGAAAAAACCCAAAACUAAGCCUAACCCCAAACCCCAACCCAACCCCAACCCCAAACCCCAAUUUUUUGACUUAAACAAAGAACCAGAUUUUGAUGAUCCUUUUGUGACUAAAACCCAAAUCCAUAAUCAAAAUCCACAUAUGCAUAACCACAAUCCGAACCCACCCUACAGUGUCGAUCCAUUAAUGAACAAUCGGUAUUAUUUAAUUGAUCAAGGAUUUGCAAAUUUUCUUCCACAUAUCACACAGGUUCAGAAUAUAAAUGGAGAUGGAAACUGUGGAUUUAGAGCGGUAGCUGUAUGCCUAGGUCAUCAUCAAGAUAUUUGGCCUCAAGUUCGUAUGGAUUUAUUGGAUGAGUUAUUUGUCCAUAAUGCAACAUACACUUAUAUGUUUAAUAGAGAAGGUAUGCAAUCGCUUCAGCACACACUAAGUCACUUUCAAGGACCUGCACUUCCACCACAUUGGAUGGAUAUGUCAGACAUGGGGUUACUCAUUGCUUCAAGGUAUAAUGUGGUGGUUGUUUUUUUGAGCAAUAGAGGAGACUGGAGAGACAACGUUUUUACCACUUUUUACUAG